AUGAAAAAGAUCCCAGUACCCAGAAAUAUGAUGAAUUUAUGGUGGAUAAACUACUUCAGGGCAAUGUGUCUCCAACCCGGGAGGAGGAAGUGCUCAAAUCUGGUGUCCCAACUCACCAAAAGUUGGAAAAAGAUGGGACAAGAUGAUGAAGAGCUUGCUGAGUGUCGAAGUGAAAGCCUAGAAACUGAAGAUAGUGGCUAUGGAGAGAAUGAGGAGGUCAAACCAGAAAAAGAGAAGGUAGAAAUCACAGAAGAGAAGACGGAAGACGCUGCGAAUAACAAGGCAGUAUCAGAACUCAACAAGAUUAACAAGGCCUACAAGCGGUAUAGCCAAGUGAACAACAUCAAGGGGAGGUGGGAGAAGUGGUCAGAUGACCACACGGUGAACCAAAAGCUGAACCCUUUCAGUGAUGAAUUUGACCAUGAUUUCGCAAUGUCCAAGAGGCUGCAGAAGGGUGAAGACGGCUAUGGACGUCCAAAGGAAGGAACAAAGACGGCUGAAAGAGCUAUGAGGGCAGAAGCACACAUACAUCGGGAAAUGAGAGACCUCUGUUUCAUUAUCUCCACCAUGGCCGAACCAGGGAAAGACGGUAAGGUGCAAGUCACAUUUGGAGAACUUUUCGACAGAUACGUGCGGAUCUCUGACAAAGUGGUGGGAAUCCUUCUGAGAGCUAGGAAACAUGGAAUGGUGGAUUUCCCAGGAGAAAUGUUGUGGCAGGGAAGAGAUGACGAUGUGAUAAUAACAUUGAUGUGA